AUGCGAUCGACAGUCUCCUCCUUACCAGCCGGACGCUGCGGGCGCAUCACUCUCAUUGCGGCCAGCCUGCUUCUCUGCCUCAUCACUUGGAUGUUCUGGUAUGCCGCCAACUCGGAUCAGGACAACAUUCCCCCCAUCUUUACACAGUUGAUACCUGCUGGUCAUGCCACAUGCGCAUCCGCCACCGUCUUUGAGUGCUCUAGCUGCUUGGAACAGCAUUUCCUGUCCUCCAACCAGAGCGAGAGCAGCCCCUCCUGGACAUUUGAUUACCAUCGCGAUGGCCAGAAUGAAGGCUUGCAUCAGGAACAGUGCGAGAUUGCCUUUCCCGGUCUCUUCGAAGAUGUAAAGCAAGGUCUUUUCCACUGGAAGACCGUGGGCCGAAUCACCAAAUCCACUCUCGAUCAGGUCCCGCUCCAGAAUGGCAUGACGAGAGCAAUGAUCCAUUCCGGAAAUCUAUACAUUCUCGCCAGCAAAUCCAAAGGCGAAGAUCAUCGGCGAAAAAUCCUAGCCGUUCUGAGUUCGAUGCAUCGUGCGCUGGCCGCAGCGGGCGAGGAAAGACACACCUUGCCUGACAUUGAAUUCAUCUUCUCCAUCGAAGACAAAGCCUCCGACAUCACCUCCAGCAACACCGCACCGCUCUGGGUCUUGGCUCGCAAAGCGACCGAGAAGUCCUUCUUCCUCCUUCCCGAUUUCGGUUUCUGGGCAUGGGACAACAUCAUCGAAGGCCAAAACAACGAGAUCGGACCCUACGACGAGGUCGUCUCCCAAGCCCUCGCCGUGGAACAAGACCUCCCCUUCGCCGCCAAAUCCCCCCAACUCGUCUGGCGCGGCAAACUCUCCUUCGCCCCCAAACUCCGCCGCGCACUGCUCGACAUCAGCCGCGACCAACCCUGGUCCGACGUCAAACAAAUCAACUGGCGCAAUCCACACACCUACCUCUCCAUGUCCGACCACUGCACCUACCAGUUCAUCGCCCACGUCGAGGGCCGCAGCUACAGCGCCUCCCUCAAAUACCGUCAGGCCUGCAAUUCCGUCCUCAUCGCACACCAACUCCAGUACAUCCAACAUCACCACUAUCUCCUCGUCCCCAGCGGCCCGCAUCAGAACUACGUACAGGUCGAGCGGGACUUCUCCGACCUGCCCAUGAAAAUCCAGGAAUUGAUCGCGAAUCCGGCAAAGGCGGAAUCGAUCGCCUCGAACAGUGUCAAGACUUUCCGGGAGAGGUAUCUGACCAUGGCGGCCGAGGCAUGCUAUUGGAGGGCCCUCUGGAGAGGCUAUGGCGAUGUUUCGGAAGCCGCCAAUCUGUGGCACGAGAGUGUUACGGGGGAGAAGCAGAGGAGGGGCAGGCGGUACGAGACGUUUGUGUUGUUGUCUAGUGAGGAAAUGUUGGAUUUUGACUCUGCAUUGCCGUCAUGA